AUGGGGCGGGUUGUCGUGUCGCUCGUGUCCCAGAGGGCAAUAAAAGCCGGCGAGGAAAUAACAGUGGACUACACGGGACGCCUUAAGGACCCAUUGUGGUUCCAUUGCCUGUGCCCGGUCCACAAGGAAGACAAUAACGCCGCGCUGCGGCUGCUCGGGAUCAAAAAGGAGCUGCAAAAUGAAGGAAAAGGAAGGGUGAGCAUGGAGUAG